AUGGACGAACCUGUCGCAACUGUCAUACCCGAUACGGGAAUGUCAGAAUCCUUCAAUACCGCUCCACCAAUAUUUGAAGAAGAGGCCUUUUUAUCACCAGGAACGUUUUCCAGCGCAGACGAAUAUGCGGCCAACCCGCGAUUUCUCGAAUUACAAGAGGAGCUUCGCUGUGUGCUCUUCUCAUCCGUUGCCAGCCUUGAUCCUGGUGAAUACACCUCGCCAGUCCCUUCAGAACAGCCAGACGGGCCCACCAAAUCGCGACCAACACUAGAUUUUACAAGAGUUUCUAUUCCCAAAAUCCGACUCAUUUUCUACCUUAAAAAUUGGAUUACCGAAUGUGCACCUUAUCUCGACAAAUUUGAUGAGUCGCGCCAUUUUGGUGUGCACAUUCCGAUCCUUGCGCAGCGUUCGCCCGCUUUGUUUUACGCCAUUCUUGCAUUCUCUGCUCGCCAGACUGAGCGGAAAGCCUGUCUUGACAAGGCCUACAAUAGUCUGGAACUUUAUCAAGAGUCAAUCCGGUUGCUUGCACCUUUACUGCAAGCGAAAGACCCAAAUGUCUUGGUGACAGUAUGCAUUCUGGCCGUGAUGGAGCUGAUGUCCGUUAGUCCACGCGACUGGAGGAGGCACGUCGAAGGCUGUGCCGCUCUUUUCGACUCCUUCAAUGUGAAUGGGUUGUCAGGUGGCCACCUAUCUGCUACCUUCUGGACUUAUGCGCGCAUGGAACUGUGCGGUGCGAUAAUUUCAGGAGGCGCUGAGUCUACGGUGCUCCCCCUGGAAAAAUGGGUUCCCGCUGUACCCGAGACCGCAAGUCCCAGGGAGAGAGAACUCAUGAUUCGAGACAUGUUUUACCAAGACGGCUGCGCUUCCCCAGAUAUGCACGCAAACUGGGCAGUGUAUCUCUGCGCCAAAACAUGCGAUCUAUCCUGCCGUCAAACCAGACACGUGGAACUGGGCGAAAUGGUCGAAGACACACGCCCUUUCGCGGAACAGUGGGCCUGCCUCUGGGAGGAGCUGCAAUUCUGGCUUGAAAAACGACCCCCGGCCAUGCUUCCUAUUAAGACCACCGGUAUCGGCGGCGGUCAAAUAUUUCCAGAAAUCCUUUUCGCCCACUGGGCUGCUAUCUCGGGAAAUCAACUUUACCAUGCUGCUUGCAUCAUGAUGCUCGACAUGAAACCCCCGGGGAAAAUUCUGCCUCCAGCCAAGCCGCAUUACUCAUCUGUGUGGCACGCGCGCCGAGUUUGUGGGAUUUCAUUGACUAAUCCUCACUCGGGAAACCUUAUCAACGCUAUUCAACCGUUAUAUAUUGCGGGAAAACUUCUUAGUCACCACAGCGAGCACAUUGAAGUAGCGAAACUGUUUAAGAUUGUCGAAGAGACGACUGGCUGGGGCGCACUGUGGAGGUUGAAGGAUCUUGAACGAGCUUGGGGGUAUGAGCCGGGUGAAAUACUGUCAGCGAUUUGA